CGGUGCUCAGCAUGCCAUGAACACGAUACAAAAAUGAAGCCGAAUUUCUCCUUUUAUUUUUUGCAAAUGCUUCCUUAGGUCGUUCACCCCGAAGGCGACCCGGGUCGGCUGUGCGCCUUACAAGCCACGUGUUGCACCCGCGUUGUUCGUUUCCCUAUAUAGUUGCGGCGUGCUACAUUGUGCUGCGAUAUGUCAAAAUUCCUUUUGUCAUGCGGAACGUUAUGCAUUCUCUGGAACCCGCAACGCUCACAUUUUUUUUUUUCUGCUUCUCUCAUUUGCAAUUCUCUUCGCCGUCGUUUGUUCUCCAGCAGAGCGACAAGCUGAGGCGCGCUCAGAACCUCCACCAGGGCCGGGCUCGGCGCUGCAGCCGCGCCGCAGAUCGCGCGCGCUGCUGCUGCUGCUGCUAGCUCCGCGCGCCCUCGUCGUAUCAGCGGUUCUCGCUCCCCCGCCCAAAAAGAAAAACCGCGCGGUUCUAACAGGCGGCGCGUCGGCAGUUGCGCUCCUGCCCGAGACAGCAGCUGUCACCUCGCGCACUCCGAGCUCAAGCUCUUCCGCGUGAGAGCGCUCCAAGCGGCCAGAGGAGCUAUCCUGCGACCUACAGGUGCACGUUCCACGUCGUCUGCUAUAGAGCGUGUGGUUUGAGCGUAUUGCAUCGAAAGCUUCCUCUGUCUGCUUUUUUUUUUCGCUUUUCUUCUUCCGUGAUUUCUUUUUUUGUGCUGUGUAAAUGCAGUAGCAACGCCGUUUUCUGUCCCUCGAGCGCUAGUGCGUGAGAUCGUGCAGCCGAAGGCGACCCCCGCUGCGUGCUUUAGGGAACAGCGUGUUGUGUCGCCGCGUGUGUACAACGCGCUCCUGUUCCUUCGCGUUGCGGUGACACUUGGCGACGCGCGCCUCGACAAUUCCUUCGAUUUCUUUCUUUUUUUAAAAGUUUUGUUCUCGCGAAACGAUAACAGCGCAGAGAACGUUGCUGACGACGACACGAUUAGAGAGCGUCGUCGGAUUUCGUCGAGUGGCGGCAAAUGCUGCGCCCUCUACGCUAUAGAUGGAAUCUGGAGGCGCCGUCGGCAAUAACUCUGCAAAGGUUGUCGUCGCCGAGUUCACGCUUGUUGGACGCCGAGAGGUGCAAGACCUCCUUGUGCCCGUGAGUUGAGUGUGUGUGUUUGUGUGUGCGCGUGCGUGUGCGCGUGUUUUCGUGCGGUAUCCAACGGGGACGUUCAAGGCUGGAAGCAGUCGUGACUACAGCUGCCACUAGGAUGCCUCCAUCCUCCCGUGGUGUCUGCUGGCGCCUUCGCUGGAAAUAUACAAUGACAGCAACCCUGCUUUUGCAGCUCACUGCAAUGCUUUCAUCAGGCGCUGCUGCGACCGGAGCGCCCGCAAAAAACUCCUGUCCCGAGGGCCACUUCCCUUGCAAUGGACAGGGAAGGCACUGCGUGCGCCGACAGUUCAUAUGCGAUGGACGGCGGGAUUGCCCGGAAGGCUCCGACGAAAAGGGAUGUGGGGACGAGAACCUGAAGAAGUUCAUCGAGGACUACUUCCAGAAGCGGCCCGACGAGGACCGCGAGAAGAAGUCUGGAAGAUGUGAUUGGGUCCACCCUGGCUGCCGCUGCUCCAAUGGGACCAGCUUCUUUUGCGAGAACACGGGACUGCGUUCGCUGCCAUCAACCAUUCCACACAAUGCUACUAACUUGGACCUCUCGGGAAACCUUUUCUCCACUCUGCAGAAGAGCGACUUCCCGGUGAUGCCUCAACUAACCAUACUCGUCCUCUCCUCGUCCAAUGUGAGCAGCCUGGGUGAAGACGUCUUUGGAAAUCUCCCAAUGCUGAAAAAUGUGUACCUCCAAGGUAACAAGAUUCGUCACAUCGAAGCGGACACCUUCGUGAGCAACAAGAACCUGCGAAACCUACACCUGUCCCACAACCCUAUUGAAUCAAUCGCUGCGGAGGCGUUUCGUGGCCUAACAGCGCUGCAAACACUAGACCUGAGGAGCUGCCUGUUGACAGAUGUACAUGGAGACUUGCUCGUUCAUCCGAAGAACCUGACGCACCUGUGGCUGGAUGGCAAUGAAAUUGAAUCACUUCGACCACAUGCAUUUGAGAAUCUAAAGCGGCUCCAAGUUCUGUCUCUAACAAGAAACAAGCUCGUGCGCCUGUCAGCGAAGGAUUUCACGGGCCUUGUAUCUCUGCGAACACUGAACCUGGCUUACAACAAGCUGGCUGACCUGACCGGGGCCUUCACUGCAUUAGGAAGCCUUCGAACACUGGACCUGGAAGGCAACAAGAUCGACGCCAUGGCUGACGAUACGUUUUGGCCGCUCACCAACAUCGAAUCGCUGAACCUGAGAAACAACGUGUUUCGAACAUGCUCCCCAGUUCUCUUCACUCCACUUCGCAACAUCACUCACAUCUACUUCAGCGACUUCAGCCUCUGCUCUUCCGCGCUGCACGUUCGGGUCUGUGAACCACGCGGAGACGGCAUCAGCAGUCUGGCGCACCUCUUGGACAGCGUGGUCCUCCGCGUGGCCGUGUGGGUGGUGGCGCUGGUUGCCUGCCUCGGCAACCUUCUCGUGCUCGUCGGGAGGUUAGUGCUGCGUGAGCCCAACGCGGUGCACUCGUUUUACAUCAAGAACCUGGCGCUGGCCGACCUCAUCAUGGGCGUCUACCUGUUCGUCAUCGCCUCGCACGACGUGGCCUUCCGAGGGGAGUACAUUCGCCACGACCUCCGCUGGCGACGAUCCGUUGGUUGUAGCGUCUCGGGUUUCCUGUCAACGGUCAGCAGCGAGGCGUCGGUGUUCACCCUGACUGUGAUCACGGUCGACCGGUUCGCGUCCAUCAUGUACCCUCUGUCACUGAAACGGCGCACGUUCCGCUUCGCGUGGCUCUGCAUGCUUGGUGUAUGGCUCGUGGCCCUGCUGCUUGCCGCCGUGCCCAUGAUGCGACCCGACUACUACGGUGAGGAAUUCUACGGCAGCAACGGCGUCUGCCUGCCUCUGCACAUCCACGACCCGGAUUCGAAGGGCUGGGAGUACUCAGCGUUCGUGUUCUGUAUCGUGAACAGCGUGGCAUUCGCGUUCAUCGCCUACGCUUACCUCACCAUGUUCGUCACAAUCACGCAUUCAAAAGUGGGGCUGCGCUCCACGCAGCAGCUGCAGGACCGAGCCAUAGCCAAGCGGUUUUCCUUCAUCGUAGGCACCGACUUCCUCUGCUGGAUGCCCAUCGUCUUCAUUAAGGUCAUCGCCAUAGCCGGAACAAAGAUCGACGAGACGCUAUACGCAUGGGUCGCAGUGUUCCUUCUGCCGGUGAACUCGGCGCUGAACCCCGUCCUGUACACACUCACCACACGGAUGUUCAAGCAGCAGCUGAACAGGUUCCUGGAGAACUUGCGCCAAUGCGAGCGCGUUCCUUCAGACCGGCAGUCCGGGCAGUCCGGCCAGUCGUGGUCGUCGCUGCCAACGAUGCGAGGUCAAAAGAAGACGCUAGUCACUUCGCUGUCAGAUAACGCCUUUGGGAAGAAAAGAACGGCGGGCGUCGUGUGCUACUCUCUGCGAAAUUGUGCGCUGAUCCAAGUACGUGGAAGCCAGUCAUGCGUUGAAAAGGUGUCUCAGCCCGUGCUGGAAGAGAUGAAGACGCUCCCCAUUCGCAAUGGACACAGAGGCACGAAAGAUGUGCGAAGUUCCAACUCCAGCGCCAGGCCGCUGCUACCAGCGACGCCAACGGCGACAAAGUCCAAGUGGAAGCGGUCCCCGCAUACGCGAUUAAGAGUCGACGAGUCCGUGUGAUAGCCGACGAACGAAUGUAACCUCACCUAAUCACAAUAACGUCGCCAGCUCCGGCGCUCAUCCAUCGAAGCCAGCUGUGUCAGGUUGUGGACUUAGCUCAGAGAGCAGAAGGCGUGCAACGUACGCUGACAUCUGCCGCGAGUUGGAUUGGAGGGGGUCGUGGGUUUUUUUUUUUUUUUUUUUGCUCAACGCGAAAUGCGUCCCAGGAACUGUGAUCACAACGAACAGUGCUUAGUGCUCUGGCGUGCUCCGUGUUCGUAAUGAAAUGCUAUCUUGUGCGUAUUGACGAUUGAACGUUGGGUUGCUCCCAGGUGAAUCCGGCUUUGUACGGUGACGAGAUCUUUCCCUGCGUCGGCGCCAUUCUCUGGGGUUGAGCUCAUGCCAUAUGAACUGUGUACACGCGACACUGGUAUCGCCCGCAAGUACUGUGCGAUAUCAGUUUCUUUCGGUGGGGCCAGGAAGAUGAUGCGACGCAGAGAGCAUAACAAACUUAAGGUCGUCAGGGUACAAAAAAAUCAUCAUUCCUCACAUCGAGAAUAAUCUUCGCCUGCAAAAUGGCAAUUUUAUGACAGGAUGACCAGGACCUGCUCUUCGCCUCACCCUCACAUGAAAUUUACAAUUGAAGCGUGCGGCUCUUCACUGAAAACAUUGCCAUUACAGGUGGUACGACACCUUUACACAAACAAUGUAAUGACAAUGUUUUGACACGUUAUAUGUAUAUAUAUCUUAAUCGUGCCUCAUCUUAUGCUGGUUUCAGUUUUAUCCGUUGGUCUUUGUUGUCUGAUACUGAUGUCGUUUUUCAGACUUUUCUUUCGCUUCGUGAAUCUUGUUUCAUUCGUAGGCUGUACGGGUCAUGUCAGCCUUAAAACAACGAGUCCGGUUCUUACGCUCGCUUCGUAUGUCUCGGCGUGAAGCGCUGAAGUGACUGCUCAUGGUUUGUGCCCUUUCUCUGUAGAAGUUUUGUUUUGUGGACUGUAAAAACCACUGAGUGGAUAUGAAACGCAGUACUUAAUUCGGGAGUUCAGAAAAUGUGUGGAUCAGUGCCUCACUCAGUGCUAUUUGUUUAAUGGUUCUCGUGUUGAGAAAAUCUCCGUAUCCCGAUUAUAUUUCAGCGUAGGGAAAAAAAAUUGCCGGUAGGGAACCGAUAUCUGGUGUCGCUAUUCAUAUCCGCGCACCGUGUACAAAUGGAUUUGUGGGCAAAAGUGUUUAUCACCUUUCUUUUUGUGAGCUCAUCAAGUGUAUAGCAGUGUCCGUAUAGGUUGAAGGUAAAUAAGUGGUUUGAAUGCAUAAUCUAUAAUUGGUAUGACGAUUCGCUCACCUAUGUACGCUGUGGCAUUAUGUAACGCACUUUAUACCCGCCAUAUCUGUUGUAGUUCCACUCGAGAGAUUGAAGUUUUCAUAGCAUGCUCGAAAUCUUGAAAUUGUACCUGAGAUUUAUUCUUUGACGUCAACAAGAAUACCUGUGAAGUAGUACAUGACCGAGGAUGGAAUGAGUGGAGUCAUAGUGUUCUACGCCAUUGGCAGCUACAUGAAUCAGUGAUUCUUUUUUUUACUAGUUCAUCCUAUUUUAAAUGCAUUGCUUGCGGUUCGCAAGCUCCAGAUACCGAGAGAUAGUAGCAUUCACUUAAUUCAAAUACAUAGUGAUUUAUCAAUUCCUAGCCCAUGGUCCUACAAUGUCAUGACACAGGACAGCAAGAAUAAAGCAUAAACAGGCAAUUACUUCCAUUAGCAAAAAAAAAAGAAUGUAAAAUCCAGAACAAUAACAGGAGAGGAAUGGUGCAAAUAUUGCGAUCAUUCACUCAAUCUAACAACGACGUGAACUGUUUUCUAGUGCAUAUACAAUCAGCCUAGGUAAACCCAUUGAAGUUGUCAGCUGUAAUUGUCAGACUAGGUCCCGCAUCUUUAAAUUUGUCCAGUGUUUUCACGCCUACUGUGCUUCAUAACCUACUUUAUCCCAGUGAGCUGCACAAACAACAAGAUCUGUUGAAGAGGGAACAAUGUAACUUAUUUGUUUCUGAUACUGUAGGAUCUGAUAUCAAAGAAUUUGCGCUGUUUCUUUCCAAAUGAGUUAUAUUAGUACAAAACAUUGAGUAUGAGACACGUCUGAAUUAUUACACAGCGGCACGCUGAGGCUCAUUCAACAAAUAUAGUUUCAAGCAAGAGCACCAAAGCACACAAUCUGUUUUUCAGGCAAAGAGUGCUAUUCCCAAAGAAAAAAAGAACAGACAGGUAAAUGGGUCCACGUGGUUGCUUGGAGAAAAUAGGCACCAUCGCCUUGGCACGUGACUGCCGCUGACGUAGCAGUGACGUGGUGCUCACAUUACGGCUGAGGGGAACGCCCACCGCGUGCCACUGGUGACCUAACUAAUGCGACUGCUGAUAAAUUUGGUUGGUUGGUAAAAACCUUUAUUGAGCAUCUUGGAGAUUGAUGACCCGGGCUGAAGGCUCCCACGUCGGGACGUCCAGGCCUUGCCUAGUCGCCGCUUCGCGGGCGUCCUGGACAGCCCGCUGAUAAAUGUACCAAAAUCAUUUAUUUUCGCACGGUGUGGUAUACAACAUGUGAAAACCACCAGCAAGCGCAUUAGCUAUCGCGUAAUUUGCGCGUUUUUCUACUUAUUAAAGGUUAGUAGUAUUCCUGACGCUGGGACCACCAUAGUGGUGACGUACGUCUGCGCACAUACUUCGGAAGCAAUAGUAGGCAGUAUAGGCGCUCGCAGCACAGCUCAUGUUUUUUACACAUUUAAACUGUGAAGUUACAGAUGCUUGAAAUAGCAGGUGACGGGAAAAAAUACUUGAGAAGCACUGGAAGAAAAGCAUUGAGAGUGAACGUCAAAAUAGGAGGAGGACGAGUGAACGUUACUAGUCAAAUGCUUCGAUGAGUUUGCACUCCGUAAUGUCGCCAAAAAAAUAAAGCAGCAGCAAUCAGCAUUCCAAGUGGGCUCUUCGACGUUGCAGGUGGUAGCCCUCAUGGAUUAAGAGAAUGAACUCUCUAAAUUAUUGUGCGCAAACGGAUUGUUGGAAUGCACGAAAGUUUGUUUGCUCAAAUUUAGCCUAUCCAAGCGGGUGUCUGUUCUCAGUGUGCAGGUGGAAUAGAUGUUUGGUUUAUUGAAUAACGAAAAUGUCCUGAAUGGUCCACUAAGACUGAAUAAACGUUUCAGGAAUAGAAACCAUAACAUGGGUUAAGCUGCCCAAUUUGUAUUUGUGUUUCAGUUCAUUCUUCAGUGCAUUAAAUUGAAUUGAAUUCUGGGA